AUGUUGCACACUGACAGAGCAAGACCAGGUGAAUUUUCAGAAGCUGAUUACCCAUGAGUUGAAUAUCAAAGAAGACAGCAAUUUUGGGACCCUAUAAGGCUAUCUCUUUUCACAUUGGCAAUUGCAGCAAUCAUAGGAAUUGCAAUUGGUAUUGUUACUCAUUUUGUUGUUGAGGAUGAUAAGCCAUUCUAUUAUCUUGCCUCUUUUAAAGUUACAAAUAUAAAAUACAAAGAAAACUAUGGAAUAAGACCCUCAAGGGAAUUUAAAGAAAGGAGUCAUCAGAUUGAGAGAAUGAUGUCUAGGAUAUUUCAACAUUCUUCCGGAGAGGGUUGGUUUAUCAAGUUAAGGCCAGAUGAAAACGGUGUGAACAUUCUUAUGGUGCUCAUGUUUCAACACCCAUCUACUGAUAGGGCUGAGCAAAUCAGGACAAAAAUUGAAAGGAUUCUAUAUCAAAGUCUGAAGACAAAACAGUUGCCUUUGACUGUAAACAAACCAUCAAUUACACUCACAUGUUACCUUUUUGGUUUCUGGAUGAAGACUGGAAUAAGGAUGACAUCUUCAUACAUGCCAUUACCAGCAUCCUCUUCUACUGAAAGGGUUGUCCAAGAAAGUGAAACAGCUAUGGAAGGGCAGUGGCCAUGGCAGGCCAGCCUCCAGCUCAUAGGGGCAGGCCAUCAGUGCGGAGCUAGCCUCAUCAGUAACACGUGGCUGCUCACGGCGGCUCACUGCUUCCGCAAACAUAAAGACCCAAGUCAAUGGAUUGCUACUUUUGGCACAACUAUAACGCCACCCGCAGUGCAACGAAGUGUGAGGAAAAUUACCUUUCAUGAGAAUUACCAUAGAGAAACAAAUGAAAAUGACAUUGCUUUGGCUCAGCUUGCUACCCGAGUUGAGUUUUCAAUUGUAGUCAGAGUUUGCCUCCCAGAUUCAUCCAUAAAGUUGCUGUCUAAAACAAGUGUAUUCGUCACAGGGUUUGGAUCCAUUGUGGAUGAUGGACCUACACAAAAUAGACUUCAGCAAGCCAGGGUGGAAACCAUAAGCACUGAUGUGUGUAACAGAAAGGAUGUGUAUGAUGGUCUAAUAAAUUCAGGAAUGUUAUGUGCUGGAUUCAUGGAUGGAAAAGUAGAUGCAUGUAAGGGAGAUUCUGGUGGACCUCUGGUUUAUGAUAAUCAUGACAUCUGGUACCUUGUCAGUAUAGUAAGUUGGGGACAAUCAGGUGCUCUUCCCCAAAAACCUGGGGUCUACACAAGAGUGAGUCAGUAUCGAGGUUGGAUUGCCUCAAAGACUGGUAUCUAG